AUUAGUUUUUACUAUACUGUCAUGGCGGUGUUGUCUCCCAAUCUCAUACGCGGUUUGGUUUCCACCCUGCAAGCACUUUUGGCGUUGGCAAUGAUAACAGCAGGAGUCUUUGAUCGAGUAAAAACGGACUCUAAUGUCAGCCGUAUUGUAAUGCCAAUUUGGACGGGAUUUUUGUUGCUGGUUUCUGCAGCAGUUGGCGUUGUGAUGGUGAAUAAAGCAAACAGCCCAUAUUUUUUUAGCAUGGUUGCUACAUACAGAGCAAUGAAUAUAUUCUGUUCCAUCUUAUGUAGCCUCAUAGCCUACUGGUAUGGAUGGUUAUUCAUCACUGUCCUUUCUUAUGAGACUGAUGAGACUGCAAUUGUAGGCACUAUUUUUGUGUUGGCAAUGACUGAAAUUUUCCUUUCUAUUUUGGGAACAAUGGCCUCAAUGGAAAGAAACCCUUAUUCACAGCUUGUCAAUGCCCCAGUAGAGGAAUCAACUGACAGAGAGAUGACAAUCCCUUUGCCUUUAGUGCAAGUUCAAGGAAGUAAUUUUGUGACAAGUGGUCCUGUUCAGGGAGGUAUUCAGGCCCCAACUGGCGCACCAACCUACCAAGCUGCACCACGAGAUGGCUCACCUGUGAUGGUGCCCCAAGGGUACAUGGGCCAUUUAGUGAUGGUACCCGCCGAAAACAUGCAGAAAAUGUCCCACACAUCGGGAACAGCCCAAAUGUAUGUUCCAGUUCCCUCUCAAAUGCCCUAUCAAACCACCCCUUCGAGUUCUCCCCUUCUCAUUGGAGAUCUAUAGGUAUUCAUCAGUUCAGUCUGAUUUGUUGUCAUCAUACUUUCAUGAAACCCCUAGCUGGCGACUUCUUAGAUGUUAGUGGUAAAUUUUAUGGCAAUCUUUGCUUUCAUUUCUCCUUCCUUGAUCAGUUUGAGAGAGAGAUAAAGGGAGAAAGAGGUAAUUCUGUAAUUCACGGGGGUGCAGUUAAACUGAGGGUCAAGAAUAUCACACCUAGGGUACUUGCCCAACUUUUUUAUGUAGACAUUUAGGCUGUGUUUCACUCAGUGACAUUUUUCCGAAUGAGCUCUGAGUGAUGCUCAGUAACUAAGUAAUGUCGGGUAGAUUGUUCGGAUUUGCGCCCAUACCCCAUUAGGGCCCAGUUGUUCGAAGGCCGAGUGGCGCUAACCUAAGGUGAAAUUUUAUUCUAGGUUUCUCCAUUCCUAUGUUCAGAAGCCCCUUUUUGAAUAAUUUGUGGAUCAAUAUCAGUAUCUGGGCAACUGCCCACCUACCCCUCCCCUAACGCAACAUUAACCUCAACUUGUUAUCAAUUGACUAUUAUUGAGUUAGGGGAGGGGUAGGUGGGCAGUUGCCCAGAUACUGAUAUUGAUCCUAAUUUUUUCUAUACUUUAGAGCACCCAAUAAAAUCAUAAAAUCGUAGACAAAAAAAUAUUUUACUGCAUUUUCUUUUAAAGCUUUCUGAAAUCUGAAAUCACAUUUCGCACUAACCUUGGGUUAUUAUUAGAUGUUGAAUAAAAAAAAAAAGUCACAGGACGUGAAAUUAAUUUGUUUUUCUGAUAGCCACUUGGCUCCUAAAUUCUUCAAAGUGGUAGCCAAUAGGCCAUUUUACAGUUCUGUAC